UAUUUUUCGUCCAAAAAAAUGAAUAUUUUAACCUUUUUUUAAGGAAAAAAAUGCUGCCCAUUAGAUUUAAUCCUCCCAAAAACCACAUCCGUUAUUUUCUUUUUCUUCUUCUUCUUCGUCGCCGGCGAGAUUAUGCAUCCACACCGUUCAGAUCACGCCGGCGAAGACGAUGAACAUCAAGACAACGAAGAGGUUCCAGAAAAAGAAACCACCACUGAAGUACUCAAUCUCAGUAACGAAGACGAGAAACAAAUUCCAGUAGAAACAGGCAAAGACGAUGAACAUCAAGAAAACAAGGAGGUUGCAGAACAAGAAACCGCCACUCAAUUCGUUCUCAUUAGCGACGACGAGAAAGAAAUUCCACUAAAAACCGGUGAGGAUGGUGAACGUCAAGAAAACAGAGAGGUUGCAGAAGAAGCAACCACCAGUCAAAGUCAAUUCAACCUCACAAACGACGACAAGAAAGAAAUUCCACUAACAACCGGCGAAGUCGACGAAAAUCAAGAAAAGAAAGAGGUUGCAGAAGAAGAAACCAUCACAAUAAUCGAUCUCACUAACGACGACAAUGAACGAAUGCCACUAAAAAAGAGGAAGAAGAGGAAGAGGAGGGAUAUGGAAGCAGACCUGAAGCAACUGAGAUUAUUGAGAGAAAAGCUUCUGAAACGCCCAAUCGUCGAAUCGAAAGAAGUUCAAAGUCUCGAAGCGGCACCACCGGCCGCGGAGUGCGAGAGCGAGAGCGAGGGCGAGGGCGAGGUCAUCACCGAUCGAGAAUGCGCCCUAAUCAUCGAGGCGAUGCCGCAAUUAGCGGAAGUCCGGGGAGCGGUGAGCUACGACCUGCCGCAGGAGAUCCAGAGAGCGAUGAAUUUCAUGGGAGGAUGUUGUUCGGGCCCUAAUUUCGUGAUGGCGAAGAAAUUGGGGAAAGCGGAUGUGGACGAGAGAUGCAAUCGGCUGGUGAUUCCGCAGAGGAAGAUUAGAGAGAACUUUAUGGAACUGGAGGAGGAGGAAAAAUUGAACCAGGAGAAGUGGAUGAUGGUGGAGAUCAUCGAGCCGGACUCUUCUGUGAGUUUGAUGACGCUGAGCAAGUGGGAGACGAGGAAGGGGCCGGCGUAUGUGAUGAUCACGGAGUGGCACGGCCUGGUGGAGAGGAACGAGUUGAAGGAGGGAGAUACGGUGAAUCUAUGGAGUUUCCGCGCCGGCGGCGGUGGCGGCGGUGGCGGCGGCGGCCAUGGGAGGCUCUGCUUCUUGCUCGUUGAAGAAGGAGAAGAAGGGGGAAAAUUAGGACCUACGAUUGAGGAUAGUUGA